GUACUUGUGGCUCACAAUGGCGGCCUCCUUGUCCGGGAAGAAGAUCGUGUUUGUCACGGGGAACGCCAAGAAGCUGGAGGAGGUCAUUCAGAUUCUAGGAGAUAAGUUUCCAUGCACUUUGGUGGCACAGAAGAUUGACCUGCCAGAGUACCAAGGAGAGCCUGAUGAGAUUUCCAUUCGGAAGUGUCAGGAGGCAGCUCGCCAGGUGCUUGCUUCACACAUGUCCUGUGCUUGCGCCUCUUGUCCUGGUGGCUCCUGGGGUCUGUGCCUGCUGGGGAUGGGUGCAGGGCCCUGUACUGGUGGAGGACACCUGUCUGUGCUUCAACGCCCUUGGGGGCCUCCCUGGCCCCUACAUAAAGUGGUUUCUGGAGAAGUUAAAGCCUGAAGGUCUCCACCAGCUCCUGGCUGGGUUCCAAGACAAGUCGGCCUAUGCACUCUGCACGUUUGCGCUCAGCACUGGGGACCCGAGCGAGCCUGUGCGUCUCUUCAGGGGCCGGACCUCGGGCCGGAUUGUGGUGCCCCGUGGCUGCCGGGAUUUUGGCUGGGACCCCUGCUUUCAGCCUGAUGGAUAUGAGCAGACGUACGCAGAGAUGCCCAAGGCUGAGAAGAACACCAUCUCCCAUCGCUUCCAGGCCCUGCUUGAGUUGCAAGAAUACUUUGGCAACCUGACUCCUCUUGGAGCUAGUGAUGACCACUCUGGCUGAGGAUCCGGGGAGGGCUAGCUGGAAACCGCCUCUAUCAGGCAGGCACCCGUCCAAGUACUGCCUUCAAGGGUACCACUUCCUGGGGGUGUUACCAGCCGUCAGGAGCAGCUGGCUCUGCCUGGAGAAACUUUGGCCAAAGGACACCAUCCUCCUGCCCUCAGGGAUUCAGUGGCUUCCUACAGCCUCCAGGCCUGGAAUCCGGAAAGGACCUUGGGUGUUAAAACUGGCUUUGGCAGGGUUGAGGGUUUGGGGAAGAACCACACAAACAGCCUUAGAUGUUUUUUAAAUGCAGCAAAUAAAAAUUCGGGAGGGUACUUGCUUCCAAAAUAAACUGGGUAUAUUUGCUUUGAAA